CCCUCCAGCCGAUCCGCUCAACUCUCCCGGGCCGAGGCUGCCAGGGAGCCGGGGACUCAUCGCAUCCAGCCGGCCAGCCGAGCCGCCCCUUCACCGGUGACCCCCCCACCAAGGAGAGUGCGGUGGGAGGACUGGCGAGAGCUCUCAAAGGCUGACUUGCUCCAAAGACUCUGGACAAUGACUACAAACGAUGUGAUGGUAAAAAAGGAAAAAUGCGAGGAGGAGGUCCAAAAUGUGGCAUGGGAGGAGAAGACCAAGAUACCUGUCGUCAUAAACCAAAUUGGUGAUGGCCCUGAGGAGGUGCCCGCCGAGAUCUGUGUUGUAAUCGGUGAGAAUCGGAUACAGCAGAAUGUUGGGGAAAACUCUCCUGACAUACCGCCAGCCGCCAUGAACAGGGAGGCCUCUUGGAGUGGCGGCGCUCGGCCACGCAACAUCUCCCCACGAAUCAGCACAUCGUCUCCAGGGUCCUAUGAAUGUGGAAUCUGUCGAAAGAAAUACAAAUAUUAUAACUGUUUCCAGACUCAUGUCCGUGCACAUAUAGAUAACGAAGCCGCAUCGGUUGAGGGAGCCUCACAAGGCAACAAUUUUCGCUACACGUGUGACAUCUGUGGCAAAAAGUACAAAUAUUACAGCUGUUUUCAAGAGCACAGGGACUUGCAUGCAGUGGACGACACCUAUAUCCAUAUGAUGGUUAUAUCAGGCGACGGAAAAGAAGAGGACCUUGAACCAUUUAUCAAACUUGGUCCAAAAACCGGUAAUUAUAUGUGUGAAUUCUGCGGCAAGCAGUACAAAUAUUACACUCCAUACCAGGAACAUGUAGCACUGCACACUCCUCUCAAAAGUGCAUUUACCCAAGACAUAGAAGCGAAGCAACCCAACAAUUAUGAGGAAGCAAACAGCAAUUCCCAGCAUUCCAGUGCUGGCUCAAGUCGAACACGUGCAGGGAUGUCCGAUAUGGCCGGAGGAGCAGGAAGCGGAGGAGGAGCCAGUUGGAAGAAGGAAUCUCCUAGCCCCAUGAUUUCAAGCCCAUUUCCGGUCAUGCAAGGCAAGGGAUGGAAGAAAAAAAUAAAAAGAAAAGAGGAAAACAACAAACUGGUUAAAGAGGAGAAGAGUGGAAAAACAGAAGAGCCGUACACAUGUGGGGCUUGCGGGAUUCAGUUCCAGUUUUACAACAACCUCCUGGAGCACAUGCAGUCACAUGCCGCUGACGAAAACAGUAUCGCAACCAACCAGUCCAGGUCACUGCCGCCACCACCAGAGGAAAAUUGGAAGACUCAACCCCAAAGAAACAACGCAAACAACAGUAUGUCUCAAGUUCUUGAAGAACAAGGGGAGGCAGUUCUCUCAAAGACUAUAAUCUGUGAUGUGCUAAGCUCAGGCUGCCUGCCCACCACCAUGCAGGGAAAUACAGACAAAAGGAAUCAAAAACCAACAACAACAACAACACCAACACCUCCUGUUACUACGCCUGUAGCACCUAUCAAUAAUUCACUCCCUGAAAAGGAGCGUCAGCAUAUUGCUGAGCGGCUUCUGAGAGUAAUGUGUGCUGACCUUGGAGCCUUGAGCGUUCUCAAUGGGAAAGACUUCUUCAAGCUGGCACAAACACUCGUUGACACUGGAGCUCGCUACGGAACAUUUUCUGUAAAUGAAAUCCUGGGAAAUAUGAACAACCUGGCCAUGAAACAUUUGCCACGAAUGUACAACCAAGUGAAAGUAAAAGUGACCUGUGCUCUAGGGGGAAACAUCUGCUUAGGGAUUGGGGUGACUUGCCACUCACAGAGCAUUGGUUCCGACUCUUGCUAUGUGCUCACUGCAUAUCAAGCAGAAGGGCAUCAGAUAAAACGUUAUGUCUUGGGAAUUAAAGACAUUGAAGGUAAAGACAGUGGGGAGUUUAUUCACCAGUGGGUACAAAAUGUACUCUCUGAGUUUGUCAUGUCAGAAAUCAGGACUGUUUAUGUCACUGACUGCAAAGUGAAUUCUUCGGCUUUCUCCAAGGUUGGCACUUGCCUACGUUGCUCUGCGUGUUCUUUAAACUCUGUGGUACAAAGUGUGUUGAACAAACGCACCUUACAGGCCCGUAAUAUGCAUGAGGUCAUAGAGCUUUUGAACGUCACAGAAGAGCUGGCUGGAGCUGCUGGUAUAGUUAAAGAGACAUUUGGCUCCCUUGAGGAAAGCUCCCCCCCUCCAUGUUGGAAUUCUGUGACGGACUCCCUUUUGCUCGUACAUGAACGGUAUGAGCAGAUCUGUGAAUUUUACAGCCGGGCAAAAAAGUUGAACAUUAUCCAAAACCUGAACAAGCAUCUACUGAGCAAUUUAGCCGCCAUACUUUCCCCUGUGAAACAAGCUGUCAUUGACCUUAGUAAUGAGCGAAAGCCAACCCUACAGCUUGUGCUGCCUACCUAUGUUAGGUUGGAGAAGCUCUUCACCUCAAAAGCAAAUGACGCAGGGAUCAUUAGCAAACUGUGCCACCUCUUUCUCGAAGCUUUGAAGGAGAACUUCAAGGUUGAGUCUGCACACAAAGUUGCCAUGAUUCUGGACCCUCAACAGAAACUGCGGCCUGUGCCGCCAUACCAACACGAGGAAAUCAUUACUAAAGUCUGUGAAUUAAUUAACGAGGUCAGGGAUGGAGUAGAAGAGUCAGAGUUUGUGGUACCUCCUAAAAAAGCUAGACAAUCUUCAGAGUCAACCAAAGUUCAGGAUGAUGACCGAAUGGGGAAGAAUGAAGUCUAUGACUAUUUGCAGGAGCCUCUUUUUCAAGUGACCCCUGACCUUUUCCAUUUUUGGUCAUCUGUAACCCAAAAACACACAAGACUUUCCAAGCUCGCCUUCUGGUUAUUGGCUGUUCCAGCUGUUGGGGCACGAAGCGAGUGCGUAAAUAUGUGUGAACAGACCAUGCUUAUUAAAAGACGGAGACUCCUUAGCCCAGAAGACAUAAAUAAAGUUAUGUUCCUUAAAUCUAAUAUGCUUUAAAACAUAUUAUUGGGAUAAAAAAAACAUAUGUUAAACAAAACACUGUUCCAAAAUAUAAAAAGUGGAUGACUAAGGAACUCACGUUAAAACACUGUGGACCUCAAAAAAAUGAAACGCUAGGAACCAAGUGCUUUUUGUGUUUGUUUUUUUAAUAUAUAUACUAUAAAGAGACAGAACAAGGAAUGUUUUUGGACAAUUGGUGAACGUGUUAAGAGGUAAAACAAUGAUGACCUUUCUAAAAGCUACAGGCAGCUGACUUCCAAAGUCACUUGAAAUUUAUUUCUACACAAAUGACUUUUUCUCUACAUCCAAUAAGUAUUUAUUUCAGGGUAUUGGCAGGACCUUUAGCUAGCUUGGUAAGACAUUUAAAACAUCAACACAUUUUAUUGGGGGGAAAAAAGUUUAAGGGAGGCUGGUUGGCUCAAGUUAACAGUUUAGGAUUUAAAUACAGUGUUUUAUCUGCAGUUAUUUUUUUACAUUUAUCUCUGAUCCCAUUUAUUGUUGUUUUGAAGAAUCUUUUAGGACUACACUUAGUAUAAAGUCUGAUGGGAAAUGAUUAUACUGUUUUUAUUUUUUAUAAUAGAUGGUUCAUUCUGUAGACUACUGUAUGUUAGUUAACUCAACUGUCCUAACUCAUUUUAUUGGUUUGGUGUUAAAAUUUGUUUUUAUCUGAAGCACAUAAAUGUUUUUGUUGUUGCUAAUUUAUGAAUGGAAAAGAUCGUAACCAUUGAGAAAUACAGGCAGUGACCACGAAUGUACACGCAGCUUCUGGCACAAUAUGAUGUCUUUCAUCGUAUCUGUAGCGCGACUGGUUUUGCAGCACAGUGAGCCAUGCACACUUAGGUGGGGCCUUGGUGUCCUCUGAUGUUUGGAGGUUAGGGUUUUUUUUAACAAUUAAUUUAUAAUACAGUCUGCUUGAGAGGUUUGUUUUUAAAGUAGAAACCUGUUUUUUGUCAACCCAUGUCCCAGUUUACUUAAGUUUACCUUGUGUAUGAAUAUGUUUUCAUAUAUAAACAGGUUGGAGGCACUAAUAAUAAAAGCUAGUUAUACAUUUUUGUCCCCAAAAUUUCUUUAAUGCUAAAAAGGGAUUUUGACAUAAUUUCAGUUUUUAACUCCUAGAGCAUUUUGACAAAUACACAUUAUUGUAACUUUGCCUGCAAGUAAUUGUGGACCAUACCUUCCACAUACUUGCUCUUCUAUAUUUAUGUAGUUGAACAGUAAAAGACAAGCACUGUCUAAGGAAGCACAGCCUGCAUAUUUAUUGUACAAACAUGGCUGCCCCCAUGUACAUAUCUAUUUUUAAAUUAAACAUAGAAGCAAGUUUUGAUUUAAACAUUAGAACAUUGUCAAGAGAUUAUAUACUGGUCAUAUGCACAUGUUUUUUUUUAGCUAAAAACCUUAUAAGAUUUUAUGUAAUGCUUUACAAAAUCACACUUUAAAGAACAUUUGCCAGCCAUGUUGUGACAGAGCUAAUAAUCAUGAGUAUGCAUUUGCUUUGAGGAGCGACUGUCAUCAGAACUUAAGCCAAGAAGGAACCCAGUGAAGUCCUUGGUUGUUGGUGAAGUGAUAGCUGUUAAGUCUCAAAGCUUGGUGUAGACCACAAUCAGUGGUCUGUGCUUGUAGACAAGUGGUUCUUUAGCCAACAAAUUUGGGUCACGGUGUACAGAUGCUGGAGUUUUUUUUUUAGUCUUUGGCCUAGCUUGAUAAACUUCUGUAUUUUGCAGUACUUUGAGAUCUGUCUCACUGAAUUUAAAUGAGCUAUUUUUAAAUAA